UACUAACAUUAAAGGUGUUUCUUCAUGUUUCAGACAUGGCGUUGCUGCACAUGGCAAAACCUAUAAUAUUUCACCACCCCUGCAGGUCUGUGUUGUGUAAACAGCCUUUGAUGAAAAGAAAAGCAAGGCAUGACUGCCAUAUUCCCAACUCUAAUAUUGUUAGUUACAAGCAAUUUAAUUGUUUGUCUUAUAGGUCUUAUACAAUUGGAAACUAUAAAAAUGGGAUAAUCUAUUCAGCUGAAUCAGUCAAAACUGCAGUAAUACGCUCAAAAAAGCCAAUUAAUCCUCCUAUUCUGAGCAUUAAUCAUGUUUGUUCAAAAUUAUUUUGUUCUGGAAUACCAUUAUUUCCAUUUAGGAAUUCAGUAGAGUCCAUUACCUCAGUGGGAUUGAAUAAACAAUACAAUAAUUUGGUGAAAAUUAGUAGGCCUCCAGAUUCAUCAAAACAUUGCUUGCACACAAGUUUUCACAAGUUAAGCUCCAACAUACCAGAUUAUUUGGUUGGCAUAAUUACUGAAAUUGAGUGUCCUGAAGAUGAAAAUGACUUGAACUGGAAUGACUUUGAAUUGGAAGAAGAGAUAGCAGAGUUCCUUAGUUCUCGAGCAAUUGAUUUUGACGAGACAGACUGCAGCUUCAUUGUACAAUGUCCUACAUGCAGCUCUUCCUGUGGCUCAACCCAGCACAAAGAUAUUUUUGUUGAUAAAAACACAGGUUAUUUUGUUUGUCCGUGGUGCUGUAAGGCUGGUACAUGGGAAGAGCUUUGUCAAUUGCUGGAUGCCAAGCAAGAUGUCUUGACUUGUUCACAGCUGCAUUCUUUCCUCCACUCAACACUUCCUCUUAAUGAAACUUUCUUAUCAUCACUCAAAAGCACUCCUUGCAAGGGCUUGAGUUUAGAUGUCUUGAAGCAGUAUGGCUGCCGCUCCAGUUCUGAUGGUAGUCGACUGAUAGUACCUGUAUAUCGUCCUAUGAUUGAUCAAAGUAUGGUUAAUAUAAGUGGUUCAAGAAACAACCUAUUGCAGCCAGUUGGAUACUUCAGCAUCCCACUCCUCCAGAAGUCCCCACAGAUCGUAUCAAGAUUUGUGGAAGGCCAUAUGUGUGCCUGGUCAUCACUCAUAAUCCCUAGCCCCACAGAAGCUGCAGGUCGUUCACCAACUGAGCUACUUGUGGUAUCAUCAAUUUUGGAUGCUCUUCAUCUAGCCCAACUGAAUAUCCCUUGUUCAGUUCUUGCAGGGGGCUCCAAGCAUUGGGAUACAUUAGAAAACAAUUUCCCUUUGAAUGGAUCUCAUGGUUCUGUCAACUUGUGGGGUCUGCCAGGUUCUGUGAAGCGUGUGCUGCUGUGGUUGAAUCAGGGCUUUGUCCUGCCAUACCGCUUUUACAAGUUCAUCAGCUCUGCUGGCAUUGCAUGCAACUUUGUUAAUACGUCCAGUGAGUUGGAGCUGCAUCAACUGAACAAGGAUCAGAUCUUAGCUCGACUUCUAACACACCAACAGCUACGCCUAAGCAACUCGCUCCUGACUUAUGACAAUAUAAAGGAGAAGGUUUAUCAUCGUAUUAAACACCCUUGCGAGGUACGUGGCGUGCCGUGGGCUCGGUUUCCAGAACUGAACCGAGUGCUGCUGGGCCAUCGAUCUGGCGAAGUCACUGUCGUGUCCGGACCAACGGGUGCUGGAAAAACCACAUUCCUUGCUGAAUAUUCCCUCGACCUGGCAGUUCAAGGGGUGGUGACACUCUGGGCAAGCUUAGAAGUCUCAGUAGAGCGCCUGGCGGAGGUUCUCCUACAGCAAUACUCUGGUGCACCGCUGCCUACAGACCGCACAUCCUUUGAUGCCCUGUCCUAUCUUUUUAAACAAGUACCUCUCCACUUCCUCGACGUGCACGGCCAGCAAGAGCUGGAAGUGAUCAUGCAAGCCCUACGAGAGAGCGUGAUGGUGCGUGGCGUUCGCCACGUUGUGGUUGACAACCUGCAAUUCCUGGUUGGAUGUCAGAGAAGCUUUUCUGAGCGCUGGCAGCACCAGGACCUGGCAAUGGCCGCCUUCAGAAGCUUUGCUACGCAAUUCGGCUGCCACGUCACUCUUAUAGUCCACCCCAGGAAGCUUCAGGCGGACGAGUUACUGACAAUGCAGAGCAUUGGGGGCGGAGCGAGAGUAACGCAAGAGGCGGACAAUGUUAUGCUACUACAGGUUCAGGGCUCUAACCCCGUGUCCUGCAGGAAGGCAAUUGAGGUCGUGAAAAAUCGCUUUGGCGGCCAUCUAGGCGUUGUGCCUAUUAAAUUUCAUCAAGAAUCUCUUACUUUCUCUGGAUUUUUCCGAAAAUCGAAAGACUCUCAGAAAAAUAAAGAAGGGAAACAAAGGCCUCCUGAAUCUCGUGAGCUUUAAACAACAGAAGAUUUUGGAUAACUAAAGUGUUAUUCCAUUAACGCUCAUCUAUGUCAUCAGUGUUUGUUAUCUAUGCAUCAGAUGUUUUUCAAUAUAUAUCCUAUAGCGUU